GCAAAAGAGAAUGCAAAACAUACAGCAGCAGGGAUUCCCACGUGGUCACCCACCGUAGUACUAAUCUGCCGUUCAACUGCUUAUGUAUGGCAGAGCGGACGGGAUGCCCAGUUUUCAGCUGACUGUGGCCGUAUGUGCUUGAAAAGUGGAUUUUUGACAAUAUGGCUCUGUUCACCGAGCACACGUCUUUGGGUAGAGAUUUUGAUUGCGUCGACUCGAAGACAAGUGAUGAGUAUAUCAUCUCCCAGUCUUGCCAUCAAGGACUACCAACAUGAUCAUGGUUUGAUGUAUUGUCAUCGAUGUUCAAUCGUCUCUCUAAGCAAUACAUGCCCAGACAUUUGUUCACACACUGGAGGUCGAGAGAUCGUCGUUCAGCCAUCGCUCCGGCACUUUCAGCCUCAGCUUCACCCGCAAUCAGCCACCCUGCCUGCCCUUUCUCGUCUCUUCCACAGCGAUGCCUUCACUCGGCCCAUCAUCGCUUCACUCUUACACAUCGCCAAGUCAAUCAUGAGUUCACCAUCAGAUGUACAGCUCCACAGUCCAUAA